CUUUCUCGAUAUCCCUGCCAUUGCUGUAUUCCAUCGACUCGCACAUCCUUGCGACUCCUCCAAACCGCCACCCAGUUGGCGUGAACAGCAACACCAAAUGCAAGGGGCACCAAUCAUGGUGUCUUCAGGGUCUUCUGGAUUGCCAUUGCAGCUGAAUCCAUGGGAAGACCAUGCUCUCAACUACGAGUUUCCAUCCCAGCCUGCUGCUCAAGCAGGAAGCGACAACGCCACUGUCCCAGCUUGGAUACAGCUUCAAGACCCAAUCAUAUAUCCCGGGAUCUAUUCCGCUAGUGGUAUUGACGUAAUGGGCAUCCUGCUGCGAGUUGUGUCUCGACCAAAUCCUUGCAUUGACGUCGGCCCUCUCGACUGCUCUGUGUCGCUCACAUUAUGCGAUCUCAGCCUCCCUAAUGCACCCAUCGUCUACGCCUCCCCUGGCUUCUAUGAACUGACUGGCUACUCACCCUCGGAGACUAUGGGGAGAAACUGUCGGUUUCUGCAAUACCCCCCUCAUGUACAGGCCCCGGCCAGAGCCUUGUCUUCAGACGUCGACGAACCUAUUGCAAUGAUGCGACGUGCUGUCAACGCCAAUCAAGAAGUCCGCGUCCAAGUUACCAACUACAAGAAAAACGGUACCCGAUUCACAAAUGUCGUCACCAUCCUCCCCUUGUGGGCUGAUUCGAACGGGCAUCACUAUGCUGUAGGGUUCCAGGCUGAAUUAUAGAGACCUGACAACUCUCCUUAGCAUUAGUGCUGCCGUCUAGAGCUGUCCGAGCAACAGCUUCGUAUAUGCUUUCAUAUAUAAGGAGCAGGCGAGUCUUACGACGUCAGCUCUGCAUAUUUUGCAUUAUUAUUUUUUCCUUUUUCAUUUUUCGCUUAGGCACAUCGUCAUUUAAGCCUGCAUAUAACGAUACUCCAGAGCGCUUGAAAUUUGAUCAUGAACAGUACAGUACAGUACAGAAAGGCACAUAUCUAUUGGUGUUCAGGAGAGAUAUUAUGUUGUCGAUAUCAUCAAGAUCAGCUGAUGUUGAUUUCAUGUGGUUUCACGCAGCCGAGAUAAACAUUUGUCUUUGAUGGUAGUUUCACGGCAGAAUUCGGGGCGCACACGAUUAUGAUAUUGGUUUGCACAAUUAUUUACUCUUGAGAAUUUGUUUUUCUUUCUUCAUCACGGGACUUUUAGCCGGGCAGUGAGAUGUACAGGGUGGUAAAAUGGGAAGCACGGUUACGAAUAGCACACGUAGGGAUUAUCGGGAGAUGUUGGUCAUAACACAAAAAGAUAUUUCAGAUACAUUCAAAUAUCAGACACUUAGAUAGCUACACAAACUAGUAUUACGCUCAAGAUCUC